AUGGAUGACCUUGAACGCAGCAAUGCAGAGUUGAAGGAGGAAGUGAAUCAACUUAAGGAACAAAUGUCCAAGCUCAUGGAGUUUAUACAAGAAGCUGCGAAAAAAGACAAUGAAACGCCGUCAUCCACUCCUGAAAAUCCACCUGGCUUUUCUCUUGCCCAUGCUCAAGGGGUAGUUAUGCCGCUGACAGUGCAAUCUAACAGGCCCUUCCAACAAGUUUCUCAGCCGCACGAUGUCCAGUUUCCCCCUUAUGGCCUUCCUCCAGGCUAUACACCGCCUUUUGUUAUCGACCCCACAGACAGUAGCCCACCGGCCACUGCCCAGCUUGGCCUAACUCAGUCACAGGGUCCGCUCAACAAUGUCAUGGGAGUACCAUAUGCUAAUGUCCCUCCAUAUGCUGUCCCACCAAAACAGGUGCCACUCCCAAAUACCAGCCAACAAGACAUGACUCACGGCUAUUAUCCCCCGCACUCCCUAACCGUUCCUGUGCCAAAUUACUCGGCUGAGGUGGACCAACAACACCCUACUCCGCCAACACCUCGCGUUGUUGAAGACGACCAACCCAAAGGAAGGCUGCAGUUGCUGGAGGAAAGAAUGCGGGCAAUGGAAGGUGGAAAUCAUGGUUUUUGUGAUGCAUCAGGCUUGUGUCUUGUCCCGGAUAUUGUGAUUCCCCCAAAAUUCAAAGUCCCAGAGUUCCAUAAGUACAAGGGGACUACUUGUCCAAAAAGUCAUUUGACUAUGUACUGCAGAAAAAUGGCUUCACAUACCCAUGAUGUGAAGAUGCUAAUCCAUUUUUUCCAAGAUAGUUUGGCUGGAGGGGCACUGAAUUGGUACAUGCAUCUGGAGCGAACCCGCAUACGCAGUUGGGGAGAUUUAGCGGAUGCAUUCUUGAAGCAGUACAAGUACAACGCUGAUAUGGCUCCUGAUAGAAUGCAGCUCCAAAACACAUUGAAAAAAGGAAGUGAAACUUUCAAGGAAUACGCCCAACGGUGGAGAGAGCUGGCAUCUCAAGUAGAACCCCCUCUAUCUGAGAAAGAGAUCGUGUCAAUGUUCAUUGAAACUCUUCAACCCCCGUUUUAUGAGAGGAUGGUUGGAAGUGUGUCAUCAAAUUUCUCAGACAUGGUUAUCAUUGGUGAUAGAGUAGAACAUGGUAUGAGAAUUGGGAGGAUUCCUGCUAAUCACUCUGCAACCAACAACAUGAAAAAACCUGCUCAAAACUUUGGAAAGAAAAAAGAAGGGGAAGCUAAUGCCGUCACCGCUUACCAAACUUCUCAGUGGAAUCAACCAACUCAGCCCCAAUCCCCCAACGUGAUACCUCCAAACCAAAACUCUCCUCAAGACCAGGAUCCUAGGCCUGCCAAUAACCAAAGAAACAGAGAGAGGGUCCAGUUUGACCCCAUUCCUAUGACCUACACAGAGCUCCUGCCCCAACUUAUCAAAGGCUCAUUGGUGGUUCCUUAUCCUUUGGUGCCGGCCCAACCUCCAUAUCUGAGGGGAUAUGACCCCAAUGCUAAGUGUGACUAUCAUGCUGGAUCUAUCGGGCAUUCCACCGAGAAAUGUCUAGCGUUUAAGCAUAAGGUGCAAAAGUUGAUCGAGGCGAAAUUGCUGAAUUUUGCUGAAAAACCGAAUAUUGGGAGCAAUCCGCUGCCAGGUCACAACGUGAAUGCAGUUGGGGAAGAUUCUGAACCACGUAUGGUCAGAAGUGUGGAAGAUGUUAAGACUCCGUUGAAGCUCAUCUUUAUUGAAAUAGGAAUAUUACAAGACCUUAUGGAUCGCAAGCUAGUUCACAUAGGCCAAUCUGAGGCCUAUGAUGAAGUGGCGAUGAAUGAGGGGCAGAUCCCAAUUUUUCCAAAGCCGAUGGUUAUCCAUUACACUAGGAGUGUAACCACUCCUAUUUUAGGUGAACAAAAGCCCAUCAUUGUACAAGUGGACAAGAUCGGCAAAGCCCCGCCACAAGAGAUGUUUGUUGGUAGCUCUGCAGCUGCUUCGGUUUCUACCAAUCCCAAACCAAUCACCAUCAAACUACCAACUCCGUUUCCAUUCAAUGAUGGCAAGGCAGUGCCAUGGAAAUAUGAUGUUAAGUUCGAAAAUAGCAAUUCUCAAGCUCCGCUCAUUACAAGUAUUGCUGACACUAUAGGAAUGACCCGGAGCGGGCGUGUCUACACGCCAGAAGAACUUGGAAAAGGACAUGCAAUAGAGAAUAAGUCUGAGCAGGCGGUCAAAGAUGGAGGACAAAAUAAGACAAUUUCUGAUGAAGAGGCCGGCGAGUUCUUAAAAUUUGUCAAGCAAAGCGAAUACUCGGUGGUUGAUCAAUUGAAACGCCUCCCUGCAAAGAUUUCACUUCUGGAAUUGCUGAUGAAUUCAGAACCUCAUAGACAUGCCUUACUGAAAGUUUUGAAUGAGGCGUAUGUGAUUCAUAACAUCUCUGUCGACAAGUUCGAAGGCAUAGUUGGAAACAUCACCGCUUACAACUACUUAACUUUUACCGAUGAUGAAAUUCCUGCAGAGGGAACAGGGCAUAACAAGGCCUUAUACAUCUCAGUAAAGUGCAUGCAUCAUAUACUAGCCAAGGUUUUAGUCGAUAACGGGUCCUCGCUGAAUGUGUUGCCAAAAACAACUCUUGACAAGCUUCCCUCGGAUAAAUCCCAUAUGAGGGCAAGUACCACAGUAGUCAGAGCUUUCGAUGGCUCGCGUCGAGAGGCGAUGGGUGAAAUUGAUUUGCCUAUUCAAGUUGGUCCUACUACCUUUCAAGUGACUUUCCAAGUGAUGGAUAUCAUGCCAGCAUACAGUUGCCUUCUAGGAAGACCAUGGAUCCACACUGCCGGAGCUGUGCCCUCAACGCUUCACCAAAAGAUUAAGUUCAUUAUCAAUGACAAGCUGGUCGUCGUUUCAGCAGAGGAGGACUUAUUGGUGAGCAAGCUAUCAUCUACCCCGUACAUUGAGGCGGCGAAAGAGGCAUUAGAGACCUCAUUUCAGGCACUUGAAAUUGUCAGUGCGACAUAUGUGAAUGAAGAAAUGCCUGCCCCGAGAGCACAAUUAUCAGAUACUUCUUUGAUGGUUGCUAAAGUGAUGCUCGAAGGAGGUUAUGAGCAAGGGAAAGGGCUUGGGAAAGGUGGAAAAGGGAUUGUUGAAGUUCCAAUUCCAUUCGAAAAUAAAGACCGCUAUGGGCUAGGCUACAAACCCACCAGAGAUGACAAGAAAAGGGUGGCAGCUGAUAAAAGGGAAAGGAGAUUAGCCAGGUUGGAAAAUCGGGAGCCAAAAACGGAGAGAGUCCCUAUCUGCGAUCUGUUCGAGACAUUUCGAAGUGCCGGAUUUGAAUUUCUGAGCUCAAUAGCUGCUGCAGAAGAAGAUAUUCCGGGAAUCCAACAUGUUGAUCUAAUCCGUCCAUGUGCGCUAAAUGAAAAUCUCAAUAAUUGGAAAGUUGUCGAACUUGCCAUGGUUUACAAAUUUGUUCCAAAGGCUGAGAACGACGUUCUUAAGGAUGAAAGUGCUAGUGUAAUAUCGCCUGAUUUUGAUUGUCCUAUCAAUCAAGCCGAUGAAGACACAGAAGACGAGGAUGAACUUCCCCCGGAACUUUUGAGAUUGAUGGAGCAAGAAGCCAAGGAAAUCCAACCUCACGAAGAACAGACUGAAAUGAUUAAUUUAGGCACAGAAGAAGAUAGAAAAGAAGUCAAAGUCGGGAGUUCCAUGACAGAAGGUGAACGCAACAAGCUUAUCAAGCUCUUGCAUGAAUAUCGUGAUGUUUUUGCGUGGUCUUAUCAAGACAUGCCUGGUCUAGACACAAGUAUAGUAGAGCACAAACUCCCGUUGAAGCUUGAGUUCCCGCCAAUCAAGCAGAAAUUAAGGAGGAUGAAACCUGAGAUGUCAUUAAAAAUCAGAGACGAGGUCAAAAAGCAAUUUGAUGCAGGAUUCCUUGCUGUUGCCAAGUACCCUCAAUGGAUAGCAAAUGUUGUCCCAGUUCCUAAGAAAGGUGGGAAGGUUCGAAUGUGUGUAGAUUACAGAGAUCUAAAUCGAGCCAGCCCCAAAGAUGACUUUCCUUUGCCUCACAUCGACAUGUUAGUAGACAAUACAACCCAACAUCAAUUCUUCUCUUUUAUGGAUGGGUUCUCCGGGUACAAUCAAAUCAAGAUGGCUUCUGAAGAUUUGGAGAAGACCACAUUCAUUACCCCAUGGGGAACCUUUUGUUACAAAGUCAUGUCAUUUGGAUUGAAGAACGCUGGGGCAACCUACCAAAGAGCCAUGGUGGCUUUGUUUCAUGAUAUGAUGCACAAAGAGAUUGAGGUAUAUGUGGAUGACAUAAUUGCAAAGUCAAAGACUGAAGAAAACCAUGUCAAAGACCUACAAAAGCUCUUCGAACGGUUGCGAAAGUUCAAAUUGAGAUUAAAUCCUGCGAAAUGCACUUUCGGCGUCAGCUCUGGAAAGUUGUUGGGCUUCAUAGUAAGUCGAAGAGGAAUAGAAGUUGAUCCAGAGAAAGUUAAAGCCAUUCUGGAAAUGCCAGCUCCUCGCAAGGAAAAGGAAGUUCGUGGGUUCCUGGGGAGGUUGAACUACAUAGCUCGAUUCAUAUUCCAACUGACAGCAACAUGCGAGCCGAUCUUCAAAUUGUUGCGCAAGAGUCAACCUACAGAAUGGAAUGAUGAAUGUCAAGGGGCUUUUGAUAAAAUCAAAGAGUAUUUGCAGAACCCACCAGUCUUAAUACCCCCAGUUCCGGGAAGACCACUCAUCUUGUACCUCACAGUAUUGGACGCAUCUAUGGGCUGUGUGCUAGGCCAACAUGACGACUCUGGAAAGAAAGAACAUGCCAUCUAUUACUUAAGCAAGAAAUUUACAAGUUGCGAGUCGAGGUAUUCACUUUUGGAACGAACAUGUUGCGCUUUAGCUUGGGCCACCCGCCGGUUGAGACAAUAUAUGCUCAGUCAUACCACAUGGUUGGUCUCCAAAAUGGAUCCAAUCAAGUACAUUUUCGAGAAGCCUGCUCUCACUGGAAGGCUAGCUCGGUGGCAAGUGUUAUUAUCUGAAUAUGAAAUCACUUAUGUCACUCAAAAAGCAAUCAAAGGUAGUGCUCUCGCAGACUACUUAGCUCACCAACCGGUAAGUGAUUAUCAGUCAGUGCAAUACGAUUUCCCCGAUGAAGAUAUAAUGGCACUCUUUGAGGAGAAGGACCCUUUGGAAAGCAAGAAUAGGACUUUAUUAUUCGAUGGUGCUUCCAACACGUUGGGGCAUGGAAUUGGAGCCAUACUAAUUUCCCCCGAGAGGCAGUACGUUCCAAUAACCGCUAGAUUGUGUUUCGACUGUACUAACAACAUAGCGGAAUACGAAGCAUGUGCCAUGGGAAUCAAAGCUGCCAUAGAAUCAAAAGUCAAGGUCCUAGAAGUCUACGGUGACUCUGCAUUAGUCAUUCAUCAACUGAAAGAAGAAUGGGAAACACGCGAUGCCAAGCUAAUCCCUUAUCAAGCUUACAUUAAGGAGUUGCUGAAACAGUUUGAUGAAGUCACACUCCACCACAUUCCUCGGGAAGAGAAUCAAUUGGCUGACGCUCUGGCAACCUUAUCCUCGAUGUUUGAAAUAAGUCGUGAAGAAGAAAUGCCCCUCAUAAAGAUCCAAAGUCAAGAUCACCCCGCAUACUGUCAGAUUAUUGAAAGUGAACCAGAAGGGAUGCCUUGGUAUCACGAUAUCAAAAAUUAUAUACAAAGUGGAGAGUAUCCUCCGGGGUCUUCGGACAAUGAUAAAAGAACCUUGAGAAGGUUAGCUAUGAGCUUCUUUCUGAAUGGAGAUGUACUUUACAAGAAGAAUCCAGAUAUGGUGCUCCUCCGUUGCGUCGAUUCCACAGAAGCUCAAAGGAUCAUUGAUGAAGUCCAUGAGGGCUCUUUUGGAACCCAUAUGAAUGGGCACGCUAUGGCAAAAAAAAUCCUAAGGGCUGGUUACUACUGGUUGACUAUGGAGUCAGAUUGCUUCAAUCAUGUAAAGAAGUGCCAUAAGUGCCAAGCGUAUGCUGAUAAUAUCAAUGUUCCGCCCGCACCUUUAAAUGUCCUAACAGCACCAUGGCCAUUCUCAAUGUGGGGUAUGGAUGUGAUCGGCCCCAUCGAACCUAAGGCAUCAAAUGGACAUCGAUUUAUUCUAGUGGCAAUUGAUUACUUCACGAAAUGGGUGGAGGCGGCAUCCUAUGUGAGCGUGACGAGAAAUGUGGUAGUAAAGUUCAUUAAAAGAGAGUUGAUUUGUCGAUAUGGUCUCCCGAAUAAGAUCAUCACUGACAAUGGGACUAAUCUGAACAAUAAGCUUAUGAAGGAGCUGUGUGACAAUUUUAAGAUCCAACAUCAUAACUCUUCGCCAUACCGCCCAAAGAUGAAUGGAGCAGUCGAGGCCGCAAAUAAAAACAUCAAAAAGAUUGUGCAGAAGAUGGUAGUAACAUACAGAGAUUGGCACGACAUGCUCCCUUUCGCCUUGCAUGGAUAUCGCACUUCCAUGCGCACUUCAACUGGGGCAACACCAUUUUCCCUAGUGUAUGGAAUGGAGGCAGUCUUACCAAUUGAAGUUGAGAUCCCAUCACUGAGAGUGUUAAUGGAAGCUAAGCUGGAGGAAGUUGAAUGGGUUCAAACCCGAUUUGACCAAUUGAACCUCAUCGAUGGUAGAAGGCUAACCGCUUUGUGUCAUGGUCAGCUAUAUCAGAAAAGGAUGAAAAAAGCCUACGAAAAGAAGGUGCGUCCUAGGGAAUUUCAAGAAGGGGAUCUAUUCCUUAAGAAGAUUUUGCCCACUCAAAAAGACCACCGAGGUAAAUGGACCCCAAAUUAUGAAGGUCCAUAUGUAGUCAAAAGAGUAUUCUCUGGAGGAGCCCUUAUCCUCAGUGACAUGGAUAACCAAGAUCUGCCACACCCCGUAAACUCUGAUGCAGUAAAAAAGUAUUAUGUUUGA